AUUCACACUCAAAGUUACAGAGAAGCCACAGAGGAGGCCACAAAACAACUUCACCAGCCUGCUCGCCGGCCCAGGCUCCUUUUCUUAAUCAAGUCUCGUGUAUAGUUCAUACUUUAUCGCUAAAUCCAGUUUUAAUUUAAAAAGUAUAUUACUUAGAAUUUGAGGAACUUCAACAGAAUGAAACCCUUACUGUUUAAAGACGCUUUUUGGGGAACGGAUUUCACCAACCAUUCUGGCUAUGAGAUUUUGAUUCAAAAGCUUUGUGAUGGCAGACGUAUGUGCAAAGACGUUGAAGAGCUACUAAAAAUGAGGGCAAUGGCUGAAGAGAGGUACGGAAAGGACCUAGUGAUGAUAGCGCGUAAAGCUGGGUUACAAACGGAGAUCAGCACCUUAAGGACAUCUUUCAAUCAGUUAAAAACCCAAAUCGAGAACAUCGGAAAUCUGCAUAUUCACCUAUCUGGAAUACUGAAAGAUGAGAUCAAGAAGAUCGAGAUAUUCAGAGAACGACAGAAGGAACAUAGAAAAAAGUUCGAAGAGAUCAUGGAGAAGGUACAGAAGAUGAAGGUGUCCUUCUACAGGAAGGCCAUGGAGUCAAAGAGGACCUAUGAACAGAAAUGCAAAGAGUCAGAUGAAGCAGAACAAGUGUUGGCGAGGACCCCCUGCACAGCCACAACACAGAAGCAGUCAGAGAAGGUGCAGCACAAGGCCAAGCAGUGCCGACUAGCAGCCAGUGAAGCAGAGAAAAUAUAUGUUACUAAUGUUGAGCAUCUAGAGGAAGUCCGGCUGGACUGGGAGGGCACUCACAAGAGCACAUGUGAGGUGUUUCAACAGCAGGAGGUAGAUCGCAUCAGUGUGCUAAGGAGUGCUUUGUGGGAUCACUGCAAUCACUUCUCCCAACUGUGUGUCCAAGAUGAUGAGGUCUAUGAGGAGGUGAGGAAGACACUGGAAAGCUGCGACAUCACAACUGACAAUAACAGUUUUAUAGAGAUGAAGUCAACAUGUACAAGUCCACCAGGUCCCAUAGUCUUUGAGGACUACUAUCAAAGCAUGCAACCGAGGGAAAGCGAGGGCAGCGCUUACCCUGAACGCGGAGAGAUGUCAAAGAGGUUCUCCAGUGUACUGCAAGGGAGUAAUAAUGAUUUGAAGUUAAACAUCAACGACAGUUUACAGUCAACUCUUUCUACGGUUAAUCCAGAUGAAGUAGUCACACCAGUACCAGACUUUCAACACAUAGCAGCAUCUGUGAGCAAAACCGAUAACGAAGACAGCUAUGUGGCGCAGUAUAACUAUGCUGCACAGGACUCAGAUGAGCUAUCUGUGACCAGGGGGGACGUGUUGGUAGUGCUACUGCAAGGGGAUGAUGGCUGGUGGACAGCAGAGAGGAAUGGUCAGACUGGUCUAGUCCCUGGGACUUAUCUAGCCAAAAUCUAGUCAUGGUCUCAUACACACAGAGGGGAAGUACGUACACUCUCACAUACUCAGACUCUUACACAGAUACACACUCCCAAGUGUGUAAAAAGAACAAUACAUCCAGCACCGGAACUACAAUCACACAAUAGGCUUCCCUUUAGAAAGAAAAUCUGAUAGAUAGAUAAUCUGAUAGAUAGAUAAAUCUAUAGAUAGAUACAUUUUUGUUUCGUUUUUGUUUGCUUUCAGAUCAGGCCGUAAGGAUAUUGACUUGCGUAAGAGAUCCCUCUCCUUUAUGUAUUAUCCCUUCUCAAACCAAUGAUCUGAUUAACAGGAAAAUUAACUGUUUUAUUCCAUUUCAACAUAUACAUUUAACACCUUCUUCAAUUGGGACAAAGAUUAAAUUAGUGCUUCAUUCAGGGGCUCCCAGUGAUAGAUGACAGCAGUGAAGAUGACUCACCGAACGGACAGGAAAAAUGAGUCAUCAUGGACGUCAUGAAUAACUUUGCUGUCACAUUGCCCCCGUGUGUCAUGUAUGUCACCAUGAUUUAUCCAAUACAAGCUAAAUCUGACAUAUCACGUUAACAUU